CCACACCGUACCGCUUUCCGGCGUCGAUCUUCUUCCAAGGAGCACACAAGCAUACCGCACCCUGCAGCCCGCAACGCGCGCGCCGCCCGGUCAACCUCGGCGACCGCUCCGCGCUCCCCCACGUUCUCCCUCCCUCCCCACUACUCCCACUACGCCAGCCUGCACCUGACGCCCCAGCCUUUCGCCUACAUAGCCGCCCUGCCACUCUCCUGGCGACGUGCCGCCCCGUCUCUGCUUCUUGUUUCCACGUAGGAGUUCGGAGCGAUCGCCAUGGGGCUUCAACUCGAGGAGUACCGCGGCGACGACGACGCGCGCCGGGACGGAGGCGAGAAGGAGGAGCCCGCAGCAGCAGGGUACCGGACCCCAAGGCGCGCCGCGCGGGACAUUGGGGCGGGGACGGUCGGGGCGUGCCCGCCCGCGCCGAGGAAGCGGAGGACGACGGUGGCGGCGGCGCCGUCGGUCGUCGCGCGGCGGAGGGAGUUCUACGCCGGGGCCGACCUGGAGGCCUUCUUUGCAGCACACGACCUCUAGAGAAAUCUCACUUAUAGAGUUCACUGGAUGCAGCAGAGUUCGUGGUGCUCUUGCUGCAAUGCAUACGCUGGUGUAAAUCCCUAUCAUGUAUAGCUAGCUGUUUAUUUAGUAGUACGUCUAGCAUAUGGUUUUGAGUUCUUGUGUUUAGCCGAAUGCCACAAUGCUAAGAUCGUUCGUACGUUUUCUUCA